CUCUUUGCUUUUCAGGUGGAGAGGAAGCGGCAUAUCGGGAACGACAUUGUAACCAUGGUAUUCCAGCAGGGGGAGGACUCGUCGCCAGCCUUCAAACCUUCAAUGAUCCGUUCACACUUCACACAUAUUUUUGCCUUAGUCCGAUAUAACAAACAAAAUGACAGCUACUGACUUAAGAUAUUUUCCGAAGAAAGUGUGCCACUGUUUGGACCUCCUCUACCUACUCCGCCCGUGUUUACAGAUCACCAUGAGUUCAGGGACUUUGUAUUAGUCAAAUUAAUCAACGGAGAAAAGGCAACCCUGGAGACUCCGACAUUUUCUCAGAAACGUCAGCGUACGUUGGACAUGUUGAUAUGGUCUCUGUACCAGGACCUCAUACCAGACUUGCACAAGGAAAUGAAUGAGAUUCAACUAGGCUGGAUAACAAACAUGCUGAACAGGCGCUCCUUCAGUGACGUGCUGCCAGAGUCGCCCAAGUCAGCGCGCAAGAAAGAGGAGGCUCGGCAGGCGGAAUUUGUUCGAGUCGGACAAGCCCUGAAGCUGAAAACGAUUGUCAGAGGGGAUGCCCCCACCAGCCUGGUGACCACAGGCUUGUGCAGGAAGGAGCCUUGGGAGCCGCAGUGUUUCUGCAACAACUUCGCCCUCGAGAUCAACUGCAGCGAUUCCUGGGGCCAGUCACUGCUGAUAUCCACUGAAGCUGGAGUACUGCUGCUUGAUGAGGGCCAGACCCCGGUGCCCGUGUUUGACAGGACGCUGUCGGUGAAACAGAUGGAUAUUUUGGAAACUCAGGACCUCUUCCUCAGCCGAGUUGACAAAGGGAAGGAUGCACGGCUGUUUGUCUUCAGGCUGAGCUCCAUCAAGAAGGCUCUGGAGGAGAGGCAGAUGGUGAAGAGUAAAUCCGAUUGCAAGGACAACAGGCUCGAGAAAACAAAAGGCUGCCACUUGUACGCCAUCAACACGCACCACGGCAACGAGCUCCGCAUCGUGGUGGCCAUCCGCAACAAGCUGCUGCUCAUCACCAGGAAAACCAUCAACAGGUCCGACAGCUUCCCCAUCCUGCCGCCGUCCACAGACUCACCCGUUGAAGACUUCCAGUACAUCAGGGAGAUCUGCCUGUGCGACCCAGCGGCGGUGAUGACGCUGGUGGACGGCCCCACCGGGGACAACGACAACCUGAUCUGCGUGGCCUACCGCCACCAGUUCGACCUGGUGAACGAGAGCACGGGAGAGACCUACCGCCUGCACCACGUGGACGCCAGCAAGGUUACUUUUGUUGCAGCUAUUGAUGUGUAUGAAGAUGGUGAAGCUGGACUCCUACUCUGUUAUAACUACGUGUGCUACUACAAGAAGGUGUGCCCCUUUAACGGUGGCUCUCCGCUGGUGCAGCCCUCGCCCUCUGACUUCCACUUCUGCUGGAACCAGGUGCCCAACUCCAUCGUCUGUGCGUUUCCCUACAUCUUGGCCUUCACCACGGAUUCCAUUGAGAUUCGGCUGGUGGUGAACGGAAACCUCGUGCACACCGCUGUCAUGUUGGAACUCCAUCUCACGGCUUCACAGUCAGACAUUUACUUCACAUCAGCUGUCUCAUCGAUGAAUGCGGCGUCCGGCGGGAGCUCGAGAGAUGCGAGUUCACAGAGUUCUCCACAGACACCAACCGGCCAGGAGAUGCCUGUCCUCCCCUCGUCCCAGGGGGAAGGGGAAAUUCAGUGGAAACACAUCUACAAGAUUCCUCUCAGCAACCUGGUUGGAAGGAGCAUCGAGAGGCCGCUGAAGUCACCUCUGGUGCCCAGGGUCGUCACCACUCCCACGUCAAGCAUCAUUGCACCGAUGCCAGUCGCCCACUCGCUCUCACUCUCACGCAUGGAGAUCAAGGAGAUUGCAUGCAGAACACGCAAAGAGUUGCUGGGGCUGACGGCAGACUCCGCCGCCACCAAAUCUGAUGGUGGUCCGAAACAGAAGAAAUGGUCCCGGAAAGGAACAGAAGAGCAGCAGAGGAAAGGUGCCGUGAGAUCGACCAGCAGUGACAGGAUCCUUACGGAGAUCAUGGAUACGGAGCCGGAACCCGAGCAUCAUCUAUCCACCAGCUCCGACCCCGACACAACAGCAGCCAAGAUGGAGAGCCCGAUACCCACCGGUCUGUUUCAUCACAACCCAUCGUUUGACGACGAGAUCCUGGACCUGAAGUGACAUCCAGCUGGCGGACUUUUGAUGGCUCCCUCUGUGUUCUGAAGAAAAGGUCCCUUUCUUCCCACCCCAACUCCCCCGACCAAUGGGUCUGUAUCCAUUGCACCCUUGCCCGGACUGUACAGUGCAUGUCUACUCAAACCCAACAUAGCCCUUGGCCUUCCAGAACACCAACAACCUCCGCCCUCCACGGUUCACGUCGACUCCACAUACUCAAACCACAUCUCCACAAGACGUUUUGGGAUAUUUUUGCAGGUGAUUUGCUCCUUAUUUAUUACCACAUUGUUUAUCUUGUUGAAUGGAAGAAGUUUGUGGGCUAGGAUUUGUACAUUUUGUUAAGUUGGCCUGAUUGUUUGGUUUUCACCUCUUACCCUGCACCUCUUAGCAGUGGGUUUUUUUUUGUACUCAAUGAAUAUGUACUGUCAACACUGUUGCUGGAACUCUGUGAUGGGGAAAAAAAACACACCAACUGUCUUAAAAUAUUGUAAUGCCAUUGGUUUUAUGCCAAGUAACAAAUGUAAAUGUAUUGUGUUUCAAAUGUUGCCUCGACAAGUACUGAAUUCAUACCUACAAAAUAUAUCUAUUUUCAGUGCCGUGUGGGCACUGCGGUGAAAGUAGACUAUAAUUCUGUUAACCAGUAGGAAAGAAUAUUAAGGGAUUUAAGAUGUCUUUUUCUUUACAAAUUAAAAUAAAAAGUUCAGUUUACCUGAUAAGUGAAUAUUUUUGUUAAAGUGAAUGGAAAAUUGGGGAAAAAAAAACACGACAAGCAUUUUCUGUCUUCUCUUGAUGUAUUUCCUCCUGAGGUGGGCUUCAGGAAACUGUCUUUGUGAAAAUGAUGCUUAAAUAAAUAUGUAUUUAUUAUCUGGGAUAAUGUUGGAUCGUUGUA